AUGGCUGACGUCAAGAAGCUUUGCAUGGAAUCGCUGGGAACUGUUCCACUUGGCAGAGCGCCGGAACAGGUACAGAAUGGAAAGGACUUCUAUAAGUACCUCUUCACCAACCACCCGGAUCUACGCAAGUAUUUCAAGGGCGCCGAAAACUUCACCGCUGAUGACGUUCAAAAAAGCGACAGAUUCGAGAAACUCGGCACUGGUUUGCUUUUAUCGGUCCAUCUCCUUGCCAACACUUACGACAACGAGAUGGUAUUCCGCGCAUUCUGUCGUGAAACCAUCGACAGGCACGUUGGCCGAGACCUCGAUCCCGCUUUGUGGAAGGGUUUCUGGGGUAUUUAUAUGGCAUUCUUGGAGAGUCGUGGAACUGCUUUGACUGCCGAACAAAAAGCUGCAUGGGAAAAGCUGGGCACGAUGUUCAACGAAGAAUGCCAGCUUCAACUCGCCAAACACGGACUGCCUCAUUUGUAA